CGAGUUUUUCCUUUGUGGACUUCUGCAAGUGAACAUUUCCGCGGUCUGCCAUGGAGGCAACAAGAGCCAGGCACGCUUGAUCAAUUCACGAUUUCAUAAAGUGUGAUGGAUUCCCUAAAAGCUUACUGGACCUAUUUAGUGAGCUGUUCUCAGUCUCUCAUUCUGGAUCAUGGCUACUGGAAAUCAAAGGAUGAGAAAGCCAUGUGUCUUCAUGAUAUUGUGAUGGUCAAACUGAGCCGCUUGCUUUUGAAGAAUCUGGAUCAGAUCGGAUGUUGCAGAUCACUGAGAAUUUGCAUCUUGGCUGACAACUUUCUGACCAGGAUUGAAGCUGUGAUGGCAUGCACACACCUGGUUAAAUUAGAUCUUAAAGGAAAUCAGAUUGUUCAGCUCCCUGAUGCUUCAUGUUGGAGUCAACUGAAAGAAUUGCAACUUCUGUAUCUUCACGACAACAACAUGGCAACCUGGGAUGAUAUUAAUGGCUUGUCUGGCUGUUUAAACCUGACAGCAUUAACUCUCUUUGAUACACCGCUCAGUUUAAAGAAGAACUACAGGCACUGCGUGGUAAACAACAUAUGGUCACUGAAGGCCCUGGACAACUAUGUUAUCUCUGAUGAAGAAAUUAUUCAAAACUGGUCCCUUUCCUUUCAAUUUAAAGCAAUGAAACAACACUUUCAUGUCAAUCUGUAUUCAUCAAAGCCGGAUUCAUUUGAGACAGAGUUAAAAGCUGUGUAUAAAUUAAUCGCAGAGAUCAACAGGAUUCAGGCCUUUUGUUGCCCUACACUUAUUAUACAGCGCUGGAUUCGAGGCUAUUUAAUUAGAAAGCACCUUGGAAUUAGUCUUUGUGGAAAGAAGCGGACAUGGCCGGAGAAAUCAUUCAUUUCCACUCAACCAGUGCAUGCAGAAAAAGAGCAGGUAUCGCCACAAUCUCAGGAAAUCAUGGAGGAGGACAAUAAUAACCAUUGUGUGUCGGAGAAGACAGAUGUACAUAUUAAAAGACUUAAUGUGGACUUAAAUAAACUGAUGCAAGCUGGUUACUCUGAGGUUUCAUUUGAGGCUACAAAUGCUAAACCAUCUGACAGCCAAAAGGACACAAAUUCACCAUACAUCACCUCUCAACCUCUGAAGUCAGAACUAAACGCAUCUAACCAAGAUGCCAAAGUGACUGGUAAUGAAGACAUUAAGAAAACAGCAUUUCGUGUUUUGGGAAUGAAAGUCCACCAGACUGUGCCAUCGAGUAACACAUUAACAUCCCGUAAUGCCAUGGCACAGGAGAUCCGUGACACCAUCAGACAUCUUCACACCCAGAGGCCUGGUCCACAGCCUCACUCACCUGCAAUUACUUCAGUGAAACAUCUGAUUGGUCACUGCCAUGGCACCAUCAGCUUUACUACUUUCAGAGUCAUUGAUAAAGCCCACAGAGCGAGUGAGAAGGCCGAGAUGCAGAGGCACCUGGCGGAGAAUGUAACCGAGCAGCAAUUUGACCGUGAGGUUGCCAAGAGCCACCGAGAUGAUUUCAUGGAGGCUCGGAGGACAGAGGCACGCCUUCGCCAAAAGAGUGACCAAGUGGACAUAGACAAAACUCUCAGUCUACAAAGAGCCAAAAGAGACGAGGACAUCCAACAGGCACGUCAAAAACACGCACAGUUCGUGGAGGACAAGAGGCGGAAGGUACGAGAGCAGGAGAUGGUUUACAGCUUCAGCAGACAACAUAACUCAAUAGCCAGGGUUGUUUUUAGAUAUAACAGAACAAAGAAACAUGGAAACCAACAAGAAAAGCAUGAUCAUGCAGCAUGAAUGGGUCAUGUUGAACAAUCAAAAUAGAACAUUUGAAUAUAAUGUUUACUAGUAGUCAAAUUAAGUAUGCUUGUGGUACCUCUGAUGGUGGAAAGAUAUGUGACAUCUGCAAACAUUGUGUUAUGUACACUGGCAUCUUUUCUUCUAACAUCCAGGGUUCCCAUGGGUCCUUAAAAUCCUUGAAACUUUGUGACUCUGGGGAAAAAAAUGUAAGGCCCUGGAAAGUUUUUGAAAAUAUACAUGUAUAGAUACAGGUCAUUAAAAGUGCUUGAAUCUAUUUUAUGCAAGAAGUUUUCUGGAAAAAAAUCCAUAUUAU